AUGAUUCGGUAUAGACGUUACAGGGCAUUCAUUGCCUUUACGGUCAUUGCUAUAUUCGCGACAUAUUACUUUAUAGGGCAUGGGACUGCUGCUGGUGAGAAGGCUCAAGCUGGUCUUGAUGCGCUCAAACCCGAAGAGCCCACAAAAGAGGAUAUACUUGGGGUUCUACCACCACUACCGACCACAGAAGCAGCCCUUGCUACCACUCCCGUCGUUGCCGAAGCGCCGAAACCAUCGACAGAGAAGGUAGCCGCUACAUCCUCUGCAGCCGCUGCAACCCAGUCGCUCAGCCAAAGCACACCUCAAGAUGCAGCUGCCCUCAUACCCGUACACGAGCUGGACGAUAUGUCCGAGGUUGGCGAAGGCAGAGUUGAAAUUCCUGCAAUUCACCCAGGAGAGGUCAGCGCCCCAGCCAUACACUGGUCGAAACAACCAGAGCACUUCCCUAUCGCGACAACGAUCCAACUUCCCACUGGCAGCCCCAAGGCCAUCCCUCGCAUCCAGCACAAGUUCAAAAAAGAGUCAUCCGCCGACAAGGCCGACAGAGAGGAGAAACUCAAGGUCAUUGAGAACGCUGUUUCGCAUGCCUGGGAGGGAUACAGAUCAAGAGCUUGGAUGAAGGAUGAGGUCAGACCCGUGUCUGGAGGUUCUCGCGAUCCUUUCUGUGGAUGGGCCGCCACUUUGGUCGAUGCAUUGGAUACUCUUUGGAUCGUCGGCCUGAAGGACGAAUUCGAUGAGGCUGUUGAAGCAGUGGGUAAGAUCGAUUUCACCACUUCUCAGAGAAAAGACAUUCCUCUUUUCGAGACGACAAUCCGCUAUCUUGGCGGUAUGCUCUCGGCCUACGAUUUGAGCGGUGGAAAACACAAGGUUCUGUUGGAUAAGGCUGUCGAACUUGCCGAAGUCUUGAUGGGUGCCUUUGACACACCCAACAGAAUGCCCGUUACUUUCUACCGCUGGAUGCCAACUUUUGCUUCCCAACCUCACCGUGCUGGAACCCACGUAGUCUUGGCCGAGAUCGGCUCUCUUUCUGUCGAGUUUACACGCCUUGCUCAGCUCACAAAGGAGCCCAAGUAUUACGAUGCUAUCGAUCGCAUUACUGACGCCUUCUUGGAAUGGCAGAAUGCUUCUGGCUCCAAUGCAACUCUGAUCCCUGGCUUGUUUCCCGUUCAUAUCGAUGCUUCUGGUUGCGAGAAGCCCGCUCAGAUCAAAUCGCACUACUCUCAUCCCGCUGGGAAGGGUGGCGAUGUCGCAGUAGGUGAUGGCAAGCCAGUGGUUCCACAGCGUCCUGUUACCCAGGGCCAAGGUACACGGACCGGUGCUUCCACAGAGAAAGACGGAUCAUCUCAGCCUGUCAACGCUGGUGGCUCGCGCAUGGGCGCAUCUGGUGCUGGAGUUAGCAAGAUCAUCGGCUGGGAUGAGCCUUUGACUGAAGGUGAUCUCGACAACAAGAAAUCCAACACUGUCGCUCUAACCAAGGAGGGCACAAGCGAUCCAGAGCUGAACAAGAAGAUUGUUGGAUGGAACAAGAACUUGAAAGAGGGCGAUCUGGACAGCGCUCAAGCCAAGGCAGCUGCCCUUGCCCAUUCAAAGGCCAACGACGACCUUACUCAAGCAAAGAUGCACACCUUGCAAAAGGAAGUCUGUAUUCCUCGUGGACUUGCUUCUGGCAACUCGGGUGGUUCGGACACAUUCACCAUUGGCGGAAUGGCUGACUCGCUCUAUGAGUACUUCCCAAAACAAUACCUCCUGCUGGGUGGUCUGGAAGGCAAGUAUAAGACUCUUUACGAACAGUCCAUCGAUGCUGUAACCAAGCACCUUCUUUUCCGCCCCAUGACUCCUCAGAACGCAGAUAUUCUCUUUGCGGGCGAGUACAAUGCCCAUACUCCCAGUAAAGAAGGUGCUGUGGAAGGCGCUCUCAAACCCGAAGGCGCCCAUCUAACCUGCUUCGCCGGUGGCAUGUACGCUAUGGGAGCUAAGAUCUUCGGCCGCGAAGAUGACCUCGACCUAGGAGCCAAAUUGACUGAAGGCUGUGUAUGGGCCUACAACGCCACAAACACAGGCAUCAUGCCCGAACACUUCCUCGUCUCUGCCUGUAAAGAUGAGAAGAACUGCAAAUGGAAUGAGACCAAGUACUGGGAAGAACUCGACCCUUACGCCGAGUCUCGCACUCAGGUCAACCUCGCCAAUCCUCUAGGCACCAAUCGUGGAGCGCCUCAGGUUGGCAAGCGCGAUCUCGAUGGCCCUGCUGCUACAAUUGCACAUGCUCCAGCACCUGCCGUGCCUAACAGUGUUCCUGAAUUGGAUAUCUACCCAGACCAAGCAGAGUCCCAUGAGUACGUCCCUCCCACCCCGCCUACUCAUGAGGAAUUUGUUCUCGCCCGAAUCUCCGAAGAACGUCUUCCAACUGGAAUGACCCGCCUCCUUUCCCGCAAAUACAUUCUCCGCCCCGAAGCCAUCGAAUCAGUCUUCUACAUGUAUCGCAUCACCGGCGACCCCCACUGGCGCGAAGCAGGCUGGCAAAUGUUCCAAGCUGUACACAAAUACACCUAUGCCACUUACGGAGCUUCCGCUAUCGAUGAUGUUACGAAAAAUGUACCGGGACAAGAGGACAGCGAAGAGAGUUUCUGGUUGGCGGAAACGCUGAAGUACUUUUAUCUGCUGUUUAGUCAGGAGGAUGUUGUUAGUUUAGAUGAGUGGGUGCUCAAUACUGAGGCACAUCCAUUCAGGAGGCCGGAUGCUGAGGCUGCCGUUGCUGAGCCUGCGAGGGUUGGUACUACUGCUUAA